GUCACACCAAGGCAAAACAAAAUAAAGUUGUGUUUUCUUUCAUCGCAAUUUCGUGAUUUUUGUAUUAUGUUUGUUUUAUCCAAAGAUGAGGAAAAGUUCGUUUUGUUGCCCUGUAAGUCUGUAUAUACCGUCGGUCGUCUCUCCACGGACCUAAUCAUUCAGGAGGACCUCAGUGUAAGUCGCACCCAUGUCAAAUUGUACUUAUCUGGAAAGGAUGAUGAAACCCUCCAAGUGGAGGACCUGGACUCCAGGUAUGGCACCUUCAUUUACCAACGGAAUGGCAAGGAUGCUAAGAAGAUCGCAACAAGGACACGGACCCCGCUGACUGCGGGUAUUUGUUUGCGUUUCGGCGGAAACACUAGCGUAUGGCAGGUGUCACAGCUAAAGCUGGUGACCACGGCCUCGGCUUUGACGCGACCUCAGGUCCAGGAACUGGAGGAGUUGCUGAAGCCCCUGGGCGCAGUCGUUAGCCUAAAUUGGACUGAGGAGUGUUCGCAUCUCACCAUGAACGAAGCCUCGGUCACGGUGAAGUUACUACACGCUCUGCUGGAGAACAAGCCUAUUGUUACCUUCGCCUUCUGGCGAAAGUUGCUGCAGGUAGCACAGCGAACCCACGUGAAGGAGGGCUGGCCACAGCCCAAGGAUUACCAGCCCACUAACAUGGAUGUUAAAUGGCGACCGGAACGCACCACCCUAUUUGCCGGCAAGACGUUCGUCUUCAUGAAUCGAAAACACUUGGAGAUCUACGGGGCAGUUGUCCAGAAAGCUGGCGCUGCCUGCAAAGAUCUCAAAUCCGGGGUGCGCAAAAACUUUCUGACCAAGAAGGAUGUUAUAGUAAUACAAUACGUGCCAUCAACACAGUCUCAGGCCACUGAAAGUUUGAAUAGUAUUCAAGAGAUCCUGGAACAGGCCGGUCUGCGGGUUAUCCAGGAGUACGAGAUUGGCAUGGCGCUGCUACACUGCUCCAUCAAGGAGUUCUGCAAUCCAGCGCACAAGUUCAUUAACGAUUCGCUGCCUACCACAGAAUCUGUGACCUCCUCGAUGGACUUCAACUCCUCGAUCCUGGCGCCCAACACCGAACGGAAUGUAGGUCGAUCCUGUGCGGAGAUCAUUUCAGAGUUGACUGUGCCCGAAUCGGAGGUCCCACAGCAGCCCGUGACCUCCAAGCGUACGGCCCAAAAGCGCCAUUUUGAUGCCGUAAUACUGGAGUCUUCGGAUGAGGAGCAGGAAAAAGCCGCUUCAAAGCGAGCCAAACCUAUGCUCCAGGAAAAACCAAUGAGAAUUGAAAAGAAUAAUGCCAUAGAAGUAAAUUCUUCCGAUGAGGAUGAACCUCCCGCACCAGUGCCGCAAAAAAAACAUUUGAAACAGAAAGUCACUCCUGUAUUUUGUAUUGAUUCCUCGGAUGAGGAGAACAACAAUGAUGCCGAGAAGCCAAAAGAAUCGUCAGCUCGUGAGGUCAACAUUCCAGAAACCAGGAACAAGGCAGAUUCGGAACUCAUAGACAACGCCCAGUUGGCCACAAAGAAGCCAAUGCCAUCGGCAGUAACCAGGACAUCACCACGCCUAAAAGCCAACACAGAGGCCAAAAAUAUAACAAAUAAGCAGGCAGAGAAGCCCAUAGGUCAAACUAAGCGUCCCGUUCUACCCGUUGCUUUCGAUCCUGAGGACGACAACGAUGCAGCAGAGCUUUUCCAAUUCUCCAAAACACCACAAAAGCCAUUGGAGAGAAAGUCAGCGGCUAAGGCCAACAAUCCCCCCGGCAGAAUAAAUGUGAUCAAUUUCCUGCAGAAGUCUCAGCCGCAGGAGUCCUCCCCGAAAUCACAGCUUCCUUCCCAGUCCCAAACCGAGUCCCGUAAGCGGCCCCGAUUGGAGCUACUAAACGAAAGUGAUAGCGAUGACGGCGAAGAUUUAUUCAACUUCGCGGAUAGCAAUAAAAAGAAGCAGAAAAAGACGGAACUGACAAACGACGACUCCAACGACGGCUUCUUCAACUUUAACAACUCGGAAGAGCGGCAAAGCGGUUUGGUCAACCAGGACUUUGUGCAGACCGAGCCAUUCUGUCCGGAAACGGAAUUAGAAAAGGCAAAAUCCAAGUAUAUAGUACCACAGCGCAAGGAGCAGCCCCGAAAAGUGGAUGUAAGUGGUUGGCUAUCGUGCAUCAGGCUGCACGACAGUGACAUCAAAUCGGAGGCGAAUGUGAGCGUGGAAAUGGCAUCGCUUGCUGGAGCCAAGCUGGAAAAAUCUCUUAAAGAAGAUCCGGAUUCAGAGGAGGAGGACUCGAAGAAGCAUUUAAAAUGGAUGGCCGCCAUGAACGAUGGCAUUCAGGUGCGCAUGUGCAACCUGAACAUCACCACCACUCGCAAAACUGACGCAGUAGAUGCGGCUUCUCUGAAUGGAUCGGCAAGCAACAACUACGGUGGCCGUAAAAACUUUAAAAAGUUUGUCAAGACGACCAAUCCGCAUCCACAGCGUCGCGUUGUGAGUCUUAAGCGUUUACAGCUGGUAGAUGGCAUGGUGACCUGUACGUAAGCAUAAACUUUUGAGCCUCUACUUUAUUUUGCUUAUAAUAAACUUGCGAAAUAUACUUAAA